AUGAGAGUACGCUUACAAUCAGAAUUAGUAAAAGAUCAAAUUAUGCCAGCCUUAGAGACUUUAAGGAAAUCGACUAAAUUUUUCUCUCCUUUCACUUAAAAAUAAUUGAUUUUGUUUUAGGAGUACUUCAGAUUUUUAAGUUUCAAAGAGAAAACAUAAAUUACAAGAAGAGGGGAGCCAGUAGAUUUUCUUGGAUUUAUUUUGAAAGGAUAGGUACAUGGCUUUGUAGAGAAUCAGCAUAAAAUAACAUUGGCAGAAGGGGAUUGUUUAGGUCAUAUGGCUUGUAUGAAAUUAGCAGGAUGUGAAGUUUAGCAAAUUGACUAUUUUGCAAAAGAAGAUGGAUAUAUAGCAAUAAUAAGAUUGGAUGAUUUAAGAACUUUAUAGAAACGUGAUUCAGAGUUCUCAACCUUUAUUUAUAAACAAAUUUCACUUUUUACAUUGAAUUCAGUCUCAUAAUAAUAUUUAGGUUAAGAAUAUUAGAGUAUUCCUGAGUAAACAAUAGUUGAAACAACAACUAAAAAAAUAAUGUUUAUGUUAGAUUAAUUAGGUGUUAAACCAGAUCCUGAGCCUAAUAAAAAAAAAAAAGAAAAAUAAAUAAUGGAAGAACCAAGAAAUCUUAGAUUCUUUUGGAAUCAAUUAGAAUAAAGAGAUAAGCGUGCUUUUGUCUAAAAUUGCACUUUGAUUGAAACAAAAACUUAAGAGCUCUUAGUCAGAGCUCAUUAAGCAUCAAAUGUUUUUUAUAUAGUUUUAGAUGGUGAAUUAAUUGAAUUUCAAUAGAAUUAGCCAUCUGUUAUAUUCAAACAAGGAGAUACCAUAGGAUUAAAGCAAUUUCUGAUUAAUGCAAAUUAAGAAAACAAUAUAAUUUCUAGAAUGAAAUGCUUAUUAUUAAGAAUAACAAAAUCAAAUUUAGAUGAUAUAGCAACUGUUUCAGGACAAAGUGUUUGUUCAAUUAUAACUAUGUUAACAAGAUUUGAAGCCUAGAAACUUAAGGAAUUAUUUGAAAAAUAAUUCAAAGAUGAAUAACAAGGAUUAUAAAGAAAGGUGGUGGCUUUAGUAGAUGAAUUAUCUCAUACAUUUAAAUCGGUGAGUAAAAAAGAUUAAUAAAGCGCGUCCUAAUUGAUGAAUAAUUUUUUUGAAAUUGAUGUGAACAAAAUGAAAUAGGAUGAUAAAAGUGCAGCAUCGCAAUUAGAAAAAUAAAUAAUUGCUCCAUUAUACUUGUUAGAUGUAUAUAAAGAUCUGGUUGCAAAAAGAUAUUAUUAGCCAAACGAAGUUAAGGAUAGGAAGGAUCCUAUGUUUGAAAGUGGAUUAAGUAUAUUUAUCAGAGACAAGCUAAGUGAGUAAAGGACAUAAGCCUAAAAAAAAAAGGAGGAAUUGAAAAAAGCUCGUAAAUUGGGGAAAACUAUUAAGGAAGAAGAUGAUGAUAUAGAAAUACACAUGGAUCCAAAUUAAUUGGUAUUAGAAGAACUUAAUAAUGAUUAUUAUAAGAUCGUAGAUGAAAGAGAUAAAUUUUAAGAAUAUACUUACUUAUUGGAAUAGCAAAUAAAAUAAAUGAAGGAUGAAUUUAAGGAGAUGAAAGAAGAGCAUUAACGGAUGUAAACUCAAAUUAGAAAGAAUGAAAUGCAUAAGGAAUUAUUAACCUUGGAUUUAGCUUCAUAAUUGUUGCAGCCAACUGAUAGAACAACCAAAAAGAAACAUACAUUAUAUGAUAAUUAUUUGGUACAAGUUCAAGAAAACAAAAAAUUCAAAAAAACUGUUCAAGUGGCAGAGAAAGUGUUAACAAUGAGUUAAUUGCAUAAAUUGUAAUCUUGA